AUCGCACUCAGUCAUCAUCACUACACAGGAAGUGUGACCUGUUGUGCCGCGCGGAGCCGCUCAGUGUUUCUGGUUAAGCAGAUUUGUUUAGUAAUUAAUAACCGCGCUGACCACUAACCGAUUAUCUGUGUGUUUAAGUCAUGGUCGGAGUGAAGGUGAUCGCGACGGACCCAGAGUUCCAGGCGGAGCUGAGCGGCGCGGGAUCCAAGCUGGCCGUGGUCAAGUUCACCAUGAGCGGGUGUCGUCCUUGUGUCAGAAUAGCUCCAGCAUUCAACAUGUUGAGCAAUAAAUAUCCUCAGGUUGUGUUCCUCGAAGUAGACGUCCACGUCUGUCAGGCAACAGCUGCGGCCAAUAAUAUCUCAGCAACACCGAUGUUCCUGUUUUUCCGAAACAGAGUUCGUGUGGACCAGUAUCAGGGCGCGGAUGCGUCGGGUCUAGAAGAGAAAAUCAAGCAGCACGUGGAAAAUGAUCCUGGGAGCAACGAGGACUCGGAUAUUCCUAAAGGCUACAUGGACCUGAUGCCAUUUGUAAAUAAAGCAGGCUGUGAAUGUCUGAAUGAGAGCGAUGAUUGUGGGUUUGAUAACUGCUUGAUCAAGGAUUCAUCUUACCUGGAGUCAGACUGCGAUGAACAGCUUCUGGUCACAAUCGCAUUCAAUCAGCCUGUAAAACUCUUCUCUAUGAAACUGCAGUGUGCAGAGCUUGCUCAAGCUCCAAAGUAUGUGAAGAUCUUCAUUAAUCUCCCUCGUUCGAUGGGUUUUGAUGACGCCGAGAGAAGUGAAGCGACGCAGGCUCUGGAUCUGUCUGAGGAAGACUACAAAGAUGAUGGACUGAUCCCUCUCAGAUACGUCAAAUUUCAGAACGUCAACAGCGUGACUUUAUUUAUUAAGUCCAACCAGGCUGACGAAGAGACAACUAAAGUCAACUAUUUGACGUUUAUUGGAACUCCUGUCCAGGCGACAAACAUGAACGACUUUAAGCGGGUUGUGGGUAAGAAGGGAGAGAGUCACUGAAGAGGAAAAACAACACAACAUAUUGCUGCGAUCUCUCCACGGACGUCUCUCUCCGCCAACAUGACUGGGCAGAGUCCACAUAUACACUGUAGAUCGUCCCUCAGCUUGCCAUCCAUCAGAUCAGAGGACGAGGAGAAAGAGAGAGAGAACACACAGCUUUGUCUCAAUGAGGCUCCAUGUAUCUCAAACCAUUUUUAUCUGAAGUCCUGAAAAUGUUCCUGUAAAUAAAAUCAAUCCUUUUUCAAAGGCA